AUGCCCCAAUUAAACACCACCGUAUGACCCACAAUUAUCAUGUCAAUACUUCUCGCGCUAUUCCUCCUAAUCCAACUAAAAACACUAAACAUGCACUACCACCCACCCGCCUCCCCAAAACUCACAGAUACUAAACCCCACAACAACCCCUGAGAACAUAAAUGAACGAAAAUCUAUUCGCUUCAUUCGCUGCCCCCACAAUCCUAG